CACCCCUGCCUUCUCUCGCUCUCUCUCUCUCUCUCUCUCUCUCUCUAGAUAUAUAUAUAUAUACACUAUAGAGAUCAUCUGUACAGAAUACUCAGAAUCUGUGACACACUAAUUGAGUCUCUGGAAACAAAACAAACAAAAAAGAAGGCAUGGUGAGCAUUGCUUCUUCUUCAUUUGUCUUCCUCCUCCUAGGCUUGCUCCAGGCUACCAUUGUAGUAUCGGCGGGGUUCGACUAUGGCGAUGCACUCGACAAGAGCUUCAUGUUUUUUGAGGCUCAAAGGUCUGGAAAAUUACCGAUGAAUCAACGAGUUAAGUGGCGAGGCAAUUCUGGACUGCGCGAUGGCUUUCUUCAAGGAGUGGACUUGGUGGGAGGGUACUAUGAUGCAGGAGACCAUGUCAAAUUUGGGCUGCCAAUGGCAUAUAGUGUGACAAUGAUGUCAUGGGGAGCUAUUGAGUUCAGGAGAGAGAUUGUAGGACUGAACCAAAUGGGUCACACCUUGGCUGCCAUCAAAUGGGGCACUGAUUACUUCAUUAAGGCUCACACUCAACCUAAUGUUCUCUGGGGACAGGUGGGGGAUGGAGACUCUGAUCACUAUUGUUGGGAACGCGCCGAGGACAUGACCACUCCCAGGACUGCUUACAGGCUUGAUCCCUCUAAUCCUGGCUCUGAUCUAGCAGGCGAAACAGCAGCAGCUUUAGCCGCGGCAUCUAUUGCGUUCAAGCCUUACAAUUCUUCCUACUCUAACCUUCUCUUAGUUCAUGCCAAACAGCUUUUCUCAUUUGCCAAUACAUUUAGGGGUUAUUAUGAUGACUCCAUCGCGUGUGCUAAGCAAUUCUACACUUCUUCUGGUUAUUCGGAUGAACUGUUAUGGGCUGCUGCUUGGCUCUUCAGAGCAACCAAUGAUGAGUAUUAUUUGAAAUAUGUUGCUGAUAAUGCUGCCUCUAUGGGUGGAACUGGUUGGGCUGUUAAAGAAUUCUCUUGGGACAACAAAUAUGCCGGUGUCCAAAUUCUCCUCUCAAAGGUGUUAAUGGACGGAGGCGGUGGAGCAUACACUUCUGUCUUGAAGCAAUAUCAGGCCAAAGCUGAUUUCUUUGCUUGUGCUUGUCUGCAAAAGAAUGGUGGAUACAAUGUUGCCACUACUCCUGGUGGGUUAGUGUAUGUGAGGGAAUGGAACAACAUGCAAUAUGCAGCAUCAGCAGCAUUCCUAGUAGCAGUAUACUCUGAUUACCUCUCUCAAUCUCAUGCUGUCCUCAAAUGUCCAGAUGCCCAACUUCAGCCUCAGGACCUCCUCAACUUUGCUAAUUCACAGGCCGAGUACAUGUUGGGGAAGAACCCAAAAUCGAUGAGCUACGUGGUAGGUUGCGGAGAAUCGUAUCCCCUCCACGUACACCACAGAGGAGCUUCAAUUGCAUCGAUCUCAGUUCUUCACUCAGUGGUUCGAUGCGUUGAAGGAUUCGAGACAUGGUAUCAUCGUCCUCAACCAAACCCUAACCUCAUAUACGGAGCACUAGUCGGAGGUCCUAACAACAACGAUGACUUCUUCGAUGAUCGAUCCGAUUACCAACAGUCUGAACCAACUCUCUCUGGCUCUGCUCCUCUCAUUGGCCUCUUCUCCAAGCUGUACAGCGUUUCUGGAAAUUCAGGUUCCUAUCAACAAGUGUCUCCAAGGCCCCACCAAACAACACCAACUUAUUACCCCCAAUCAACAACAGCACCCAAUCGAAAACCAGAUACUUCUGCAGUUGAAUUCUCUCACUUAAUAUCUGGUAAAUGGACAACUGGAAGAACAACUUACUAUAGGCACAAGGUGAUACUCAAGAAUGUUUCUCAAAAACCAAUCACAGAUCUCAAGUUGACAAUUGAAAACCUCUCUGGGUCUCUAUGGGGUCUCUCCCCAACUCAAGAAAAGAACACCUAUGAGCUUCCUCAAUGGCUUGGAGUCUUGAAACCGGGCUCUGAAUGCAGUUUUGUUUAUGUUCAAGGCGGCCCUCAAGCUAAGGUAUCGAUUCAAAGUUACCACUAAGAGUACUUCAAGGGAGGAACCGAUGAUUCAUGAGAAAUUUCACAGUAUAUGGAGGAGGACUCUGCAUUGAUAUAUAUAUAUAUAUAUAUAUGUAUUUUUUAAUUUAUUGUUUUCAUUUUCACCACUAAAUGUUGUUUUUAAGUUUUAAGUUAAUCUUAUUUCCAUUCCUCAAUGGUUAAAAGUCUUGAAACCCAGUUCUAGAGACUUUUGUUUAAGUUCAAGGCGCAAGUUAUGGUACCGCUGCAAAGUUACCACUGAGAGUACUUAAAGAGAGGAACCAGUGAUUCAUGAGAAAUUUCUCACUAUAUGAAGACGGACUUUGUAUUGAUAUAUAUUUAUUUGAUUAUUUA